AUGUUUGCCAAGUCGUUCAUUUUCGCCGCUGCGGCCCUUGCCCAGCAAGUCGCCGCCGUCGCCGUCUCCGGUACCCCUGAGGGGUUCGCCUCUGGCGUCACUGGCGGUGGCUCGGCCGCCGCCGUCACUCCUACCACCAACGACGAGCUGGUCUCGUACCUCGGAGACUCCCAGGCCCGGGUGAUUGUGUUGACCAAGACCUUCGACUUCACGGAUUCUGAGGGCACCGCCACCGAGUCCGGCUGUGCUCCGUGGGGUACCGGAUCUGCUUGCCAGCUUGCCAUCAACAAGGAUAAGUGGUGCGACAAUUACCAAGCCAAGGCCCCGAAGGUCACCGUCACCUACAACAAGGCCGGCCUUGAUCCCAUCAAGGUCGGCUCCAACAAGUCCAUCAUCGGCUCCGGUUCCAAGGGUGUCAUUGUCGGCAGGGGUCUGAGAAUCGCCAGCGCCAAGAACGUCAUCAUCCAGAACAUCAAGGUCGAGAACAUCAACCCUAAGUAUGUUUGGGGUGGUGAUGCCAUCACUCUCGACAACACUGACAACGUCUGGAUCGACCACGUCACCACCUCCAAGAUCGGCCGCCAGCACCUUGUCCUCGGUACCUCCGCCUCCGGCAAGGUGACCGUCUCCAACUGCGACUUCGACGGCCAGAGCGACUACUCCGCCACCUGCGACGGCUACCACUACUGGACCGCCUACUUCGCCGGCUCCAACGACCAGAUUACCUUCAAGAAUAACUACAUCCACCACUUCUCUGGCCGCUCCCCCAAAGUGAACGGCAACUCCCUCGUCCAUGCCGUCAACAACUACUGGGCUGAGACCUCUGGUCACGCCUUCGAGGUUGACGAGGGUGGCUACGUCCUUGCUGAGGGCAACGUCUUCAACGGCAUCAAGACCGUCAUCGAGUCUGGCGGUGCCGGCGCUACCCUCGCCAUCACCUCUUCCAACGCUGCUCAGUGCCAGUCUAAGCUCGGUCGCGCCUGCCAGGCCAAUAGCUUGACCAACUCCGGCAGCUUCCCCGGCUCCGACACCAGCAUCCUGUCCAAGUUCGGCUCCGCCGACAUCCCCGACGCCGUUGCUGCUUCGUCCGUCACCAGCAGCGCUGCUGGCUACGGCAAGAUCUAA